AUGGAAACAUUCGUAGCCAAGAUGUUUUCUGGCGCUAAUUGUCACAGUAGAAAUUAUACUUGCAGUGUAUGUUGUACAACAACAGUUGGCGAAUCAACAUGUUCAUUUGUUUGGCAUUGGAUAACAUUAGUAGCUCUUGGUGUAGUUAUUGCAUUUGAUAUUAUUCCACAAUUUUCAAGUUAUACAAUUUAUGAUUCAAAAAAAUUCUUGCUUGAAAUUCAAGUUGGUUGUACUGGUCUAGUCUUUAUUUUAACAAUCAUUUAUAUUAUUAUUUUUAUUGUAUGUAGAAUAAAAUUUAGUAAACGUGAUACUACAGUUUAUCCAAUAAUGAAUACUCAUACUCCUAAAUGUGGUUUACGAGUUGCUCAAGCACCACCAAUUCCAAAUGGAAAUCAACCGUAUCUUGUUCGUUAUCCACCUAAUUAA